AUGUCAACGCACUCCUUGACCGAGCGCUAUUUGGCAGAAGAUGUCUACGAGGAUGUCCUAGGCAUGCUCGAGAACGACGACACACUUCCGCCGGAAAAGCGGAUCCCUCACCGCGAGGUGGGGCUCGGUGGCCUUCGAAGUCAGAUGAUCAGGGGCAGAGGAAUUAGAUCCCAUCCAUUUCUAUCCUGA